UUUUUAGGUGCGAGCUGAACCGUGUGACUGAAUCCAACCGAGCCGAGCCGAACCGAGACAGCAGGACUGUAGUAGAAGAAGAGAGGGCUGUCAUCGUGCACGAGAAGAUACAAAAUACCUCCUUUUAAAGCCUAAUUUAUUUAUUGAAAUAUUUAAACUGACGGUUGGACACGUAUUCAUUUCUUAUGUGAAUUAUUUUUUGUUUGCACGAGCGUGGACCUGUGACACUUGCAGUUAAAAAGUGCAAAUUGUAAACUCCAAGAGAAGAAGAAAUGGAGAAAUCAAACGGCUUCCCGUCGGACCGAAACAUCCUCUGCCUGUUUGACGUGGACGGCACUUUGACACCACCGAGAGAGAAAAUCAACCCACAGUUGGAUGAAUUUUUCCAGACUCUGCGAAAGAAAGUGAAGAUCGGCAUCGUGGGAGGGUCUGACUACUCCAAGAUUGCUGAGCAGCUCGGGGAGGGGGAUGAUGUGAUACACAAGUUUGACUAUGUAUUUGCUGAAAAUGGGACAGUGCAAUACAAAGAUGGGAAACUCCUCUCAAAGCAUGCCAUUCAGAACCAGAUCGGGGAGGAGCUGCUGCAGGACCUGAUCAACUUCUGCCUCAGCUACAUGGGGCUCAUCAAGCUGCCAAAGAAAAGGGGAACGUUCAUUGAGUUCAGAAAUGGAAUGCUUAACAUUUCUCCCAUUGGUCGGAGCUGCACGCAAGAGGAGCGAAUCGAAUUCUCUGAAAUCGACAAGAGAGAGAAGAUCAGGGAGAAAUUUGUUGCUGCCCUAAAAGAGGAGUUUGCUGGAAAGGGACUACGGUUCACCAAAGGCGGUCUCAUCAGCUUUGACAUUUUUCCAGAGGGCUGGGACAAGAGACUGUGUUUAGAGCUGCUGGAGAGUGAAGGACUGGACGCCAUCUACUUCUUUGGCAACGAAACCUCAGACGGAGGAAACGACUUUGAAAUAUUCAACGACCCACGGACUAUCGGUUUCACAGUCUACUCUCCGGAGGACACGGCCAGGUUCUGUCGAGAGCUUUUCUUUGAUACUCCGCCACAUGAGCCCUGAUGUCCUAAAACGCCCCCGAUCACUUUACACAACUCCCUGCCUGUGGGUCUCUGCUGAUACGGCAACAAGCAACUCGAACCCGGGCUAUUUAUGAACUGCUGAAAGGUACUACUACUGAUUUUAACUGUAUUAUUCAUAUGAUUUCUCUAAAUGCAAAUAGACAGCAGCAGGAUGAUUUGAAUACGUUUGUACAAUAAAUCCUGCUGUUCUUUUUCGAAACAAAAAAAGGGACAGAAACUGAGGAAGAGUUACAUGUUUAUGUAUGUGAAAGUUUUAAGUACUGUGCCAGAAAAUAUGCUUGACUGCAGUGUUAACGCAGUGUGAUGUGUAGCAUGUAACAUGAAAUUAACCAAAAAGCUUAGAGAGAUUUUUUUUUUAAAUCUGCAGUGUUGAAAGUUAUUACUCCAAAUUAUUUGAGUAAUAGAAUGAUGUUUUGCACUAAUUUUGGCAUAAUUUCAUACCAAACUUUGGUAUCAUCUUGUUGAACACUGCUGAAGGAGAUGAUAAAAGUGAUACAGAGAGUGAUAUUUAAACAGGUGAGGAAACAUUUACAUGUUGUUUUGUGAGCCAAAUUUGAAAAGGAAAUAUGGAUGAAGCAUUACGGAAAAUGUGGGUCUUUAUUGUUCUACAGUUGAGGAUAUAUGUAUCAUUCCAGCUAUUUAAAUGUCUCUAUAGCGCUUUGGGCUAGAUGUGAUUUAUUGUUUAUUUACUGUGUGAUCUAGGGUUGGGCCAGUGUGAAAAAUAAAUUAAUAAAUAAAAAAUUAAACCGAUUUGAUAUUAGGCCAAACAUCUGACCAAACUGAUAUACCAAAUUUCAGCACUAGGUGUCACACUUGACUCAGGAGUUGCUCCUGAGUAGAACACGAGAUCAGGAGUAUAUUUCCAUCCACUGAGGGAUAAUGCCAAAAAGUUCCAGAAAAUGUAUUGCAAAAAAAAUUACGCUUGGGGGAGCUGAAAAAGUUCAAUAAAAAGAAAAUGCAACUAGGUGCAAUGAUAACGAUGACAAUGAUAAGCUACUGCUAGGCUGAAACAAAAUACUACAACUGUAAAGCCGUGUUCUACGCAGUUUGGCAUGAUGCCAUUUCGUAGUUUCAUUUUGCCAGUUGGUUCAGCCAGUUUGCAUAAAAUCAAACCAGUUAAAGCUCUUACACCAGACUAGAGUGCCAAAACUGGAUAAUGACCCAACUCUAGUGUGAUCCUAUAAAUACCAAAUGUCUGUUUUAACCUCACAAAGCUGCUUGAAAUGGAAGAAGCUUGCACAUAUUGCCUGUCUUGCAUCUUUAAGUUGUUUAAAUGCAUUAAAGUGAAGAUUUGUCUGUUUAAAACUAAACAUCACUGACUCCACAAAUUCAUCCUAACCAGUGAAUUAAGCUACUGUGACCAAGUCACUAUAUAAAGUCUUUUGUCAGUCACAAUGACAGUGUUUUAUGUAAAAUAUUUUUACAAGCUGUAUCAUGGCCUGCACGCAGGGUGAAUAUAUGUAUUGGUGCUUAUUGCUUGGCUCCUUGUCGCUAACUUUUUUUUCAGAUUCAUUUUCAACAGCUGCUUAAAGGGUUAUCAAAAUAUCUGUAAAAAUCAUUAAGACAUCAUAAUUGUAAAUACUUUUGAUAAAUCAGAUAUAUCAGCUGCAGUAAACACUCCCAUCUUGAAGACUAAAAGGCAUGUAGAUGUGACUUUUAUGCACACCAGAAAAUGACCUUUUAUUGUGUCACUGAUGCUAACUGAAUAGAAGACUGGUCAUGUGGUUUUUCAUUCAUUUAUGGAUAAAAAUGUAUUUUGCGUCAAAUCAUUGUAAUAAAACUUUUUUGAUAUCA